AGCCGGCAUUCGAUACAGUCAACGGAGGGGCGCGAUGGCGGCGGCCCUCGGUGACCUGCCGUAGGAUGCCGGAGCGGCGCUGGUCACCAUGGGGCCGCGGCUGUUGGACUUCACUAAAACUCCUUCGCACCUCCAGUUUAACAAAUACGUGCUGACCGGUUACCGGCCGGUGUCGACCGCCCACGAGUGCGUGCGGAGUCUAUUUUACAUGCACAACGAGUUGGGGAACAUCUACAGUCAUGGCAUCCCUUUCUUCGUGUUCCUGGUCCUGCUUCCAUUCAGCAUCCCUUGGCACGAAGUGGACAGCGUCUGGAUCGGCGUGGUCCACUACCUGGCUUGCCUCAGCCCCACGGUGGGCUCAGUUCUCUACCACGUCUUCAUGAACCACGUGGGCGGCGAGCACGUCUACGACACGUUGCUGUCCCUUGACAUGUUCGGCGUGUGCUUGGUCAACACGCUAGGUGCGCUACCCAUCAUCCACAUCACGCUGCUUUGCUUCCCGAGCGCGCGGCGGGCAGCGUUGCUAGCUUACGUCUUCCUGUCGGCGUACGGUAUCUACCAGGCCACCACGGCGCGAACCAACGUCCUGCGCCUGCGGGCCUUCGUGUGGCAGGCCGCGUUCCGCUUCGGCCUAUUCCUGUUUCGCGUCUAUGGGCGCGGGGCGGGUAGCCCCGACUCGCUGCGCCAUUUCGUCAUCAUGGACUCGCUGGCCGUGCUAGGCGGGCUGGUCAACGUGGUCCAGAUUCCCGAGCGAUUCGGCCCGGGCCGCUUUGACAAUUGGGGUAACAGUCACCAGAUUAUGCACGUGAUGGUCGUUUGCUCUAUUAUUUAUCUUCACUGGGGGACCUUGGAGGAUUUGACUUGGGUUAAGAAUUAUCAGUGUCCUGCAGAAUGAAGUUGAUGUCAAUGGUAGCAACUGAGUAGACGUCCAAGUCAUUUGAACUGGAAGGGCUGCCAGCCUCCCACUCAAUGGCGUUGCUGGUGUCUCUUGGGGCUCCAAGCAAGUGGUCCAUUUGGCCUACCAACCCACCUGUGCCACAUCAAAAGUUGGCACACAAUAUACAGUGAGGGGCAGAAGUAUUUGCAACUCUUGUGAUUUUUGUGCAAAUUCACCCACUUAGAAAAUAGGUAAAGAUCUGCAUAGAUGCAUUUCCACUUAGAGGCAUAAUCUUUAAAAAAAAUCCGGAACUCACAUUGUAUGAUUUUUAAAAAUAAUUCAUUUGUAAUUUACUGGGGUUCAUAAGUAUACAGUGGGGCAAAUAAGUAUUUAGUCAACCACCAAUUAUGCAAGUUUUCCUACUUGAAAAGAUUUGAGAGGCCUGUAAUUGUCAACAUGGGUAAACCUCAGCCAUGAGAGAGAGAAUGUGGAAAAAAAGAAAGAAAAUCACAUUGUUUGAUUUUUAAAGAAUUUAUUUCCAAAUUAGAGUGGAAAAUAAGUAUUUGGUCACCUACAAAAAAAGCAAGAUUUCUGGCUGUCAAAGGUCUUCUAACGAGGCUCCACUCGUUACCUGUAUUAAUGGCACAUGUUUUAACUCAUCAUCUGUAUCAAAGACACCUGUCCACAAUCUCAGUCAGUCACACUCCAAUCUCCACUAUGGCCAACACCAAAGAGCUGUCGAAGGACACCAGAGACAAAAUUGUAGACCUGCACCAGGCUGGGAAGACUGAAUCUGCAAUAGGUAAAACGCUUGGUGUAAAGAAAUCAACUGUGGAAGCAAUUAUUAGAAAAUGGAAGACCACAAGACCACUGAUAAUUUCCCUCGAUCUGGGGCUCCAUGCAAGAUCUCACCCCGUGGCGUCAAAAUGAUAACAAGAACGGUGAACAAAAAUCCCAGAACCACACGGGGGGACCUAGAGAAUGACCUACAGAGAGCUGGGACCACAGUAACAAAGGCUACUAUCAGUAACACAAUGCGCCGCCAAUGACUCAAAUCCUGCACUGCCAGAUGUGUCCCCCUGCGGUUCGCUAGAGAGCAUUUGGAUGAUCCAGAAGAUGACUGGGAGAAUGUGUUAUGGUCAGAUGAAACCAAAAUAGAACUUUGGUAGAAACACAGGUUCUCGUGUUUGGAGAGGAAGAAUACUGAAUUGCAUCCGAAGAACACCAUACCCACUGUGAAGCAUGGGUGUGGAAACAUCAUGAUUUGGGGCUGUUUUUCUGCAAAGGGACCAGGACGACUCAUUUGUGUAAAGGAAAGAAUGAAUAGGGCCAUGUAUCGAGAGAUUUUGAGUGAAAAUCUACCAUCAGCAAGGGCAUUGAAGAUGAGACGUGGCUGGGUCUUUCAGCAUGACACACACAGCCAGGGCAACAAAGGAAUGGCUUCGUAAGAAGCAUUUCAAGGUCCUGGAGUGGCCUAGCCAGUCUCCAGAUCUCAACUCCAUAGAAAAUCUGUGGAGGGAGUUGAAAGUCCGUGUUGCCCAACGACAGCCCCAAAACAUCACUGCUCUAGAGGAGAUCUGCAAGGAGGAAUGGGCCAAAACACCAGCAACUGUGUGUGUGAAAAGUUUGUGAAGAGUUACAGAAAACGUUUGGGCUCCGUUAUUGCCAACAAAGGGUACAUAACAAAGUAUUGAGAUGAACUUUUGGUAUUGACCAAAUACUUAUUUUCCACCAUGAUUUGCAAAUAAAUUCUUUAAAAAUCAAACAAUGUGAUUUUCUGUUUUUUUCCACAUUGUCUCUCGUGGUUGAGGUUCAUCCAUGUUGACAAUUACAGGCCUCUCUAAUAUUUUCAAGUGGGAGAAUUUGCACAAUUAGUGGUUGACUAAAUACUUAUUUGCCCCACUGUAAAAGUCCACCAUUACCCCUAACCUCUGCACCCCAGUCAGUCAUGAUCCAACUGCUACCAUGGGCAAGACUAGAGAGCUUUCAAAAGACACCAGAGAAAACUUGUUGAGCUCCACAAAGCUUUAAAAAUCUAUGGGACAAUUGAAAAGCAGCUUGGUGACAAUAAAUCAACAGUUGCAGCAGUUGUUAGAAAAUGAAAGGCUAAACAUGACUGAUAAUCUACCUCGGUCUGGGGCUCCAUGUAAAAUCUCCCCUCGUGGGGCAUCACUCAUGAGGAGAAAAGUGAAGGCUCAGCCUAGAACUACACGACAGGAGCUGGUCAAUGACCUGAAGAGAGCUGGAUGCACAGUUUCAAAGGCUACAGUAAGUAGAACGCUACGGUGCAAUGGUUUGAAAUCAUGCAUUCCUCAGAAGGUUCCCCCGUUGAAGCCAGUACACGACAUGUGAAGUUUGCCAGGGACCAUCUGAAUGAUGCAAAGGGGUCAUGGGAGAAAGUCAUGAGGUCGGCUGAGACCAAAGUACAACUAGUUUGGUGCAAACUUGUUGUGCGUGGAGAAAAAAGGAUGAGUACAAUUCCAGGAACACCAUCCCAACUGUGAAGUAUGGGGGUGGAAACCUCAUGCUUUGGGGCUGCUUUUCGGCAAAGGGAACAGGACGACUGUACUGUAUAAGGCAGAGGAGGAAUGGUGAAAUGUAUCGUCAGACUUUGAGCCACAACUUGUAGAUGAGUUGUGGCUGGAUCUUCCAAUAUGACAAUGAUCCGAAGCACACAGCCAAGCUGACCACGGAGUGGCUGCGUAAAAAGCAUAUCAAGGUUCUGGAGUGGCCUAGCUAGUCUCCAGAUCACAAUCCAACAGAAAAUCUUUGGAUGGAGCUGAAACUUCAUGUUUCUCAAAGACAGCCCUGAAAGCCGACAGAUCUAGAGAAGAUUAGUGUGGAGGAAUGGGCCAAAAUCGCCAUUUCCAUAUGUGAAAACCUGGUGAAGAUCUACAGAAAGCGUCUGACCUUGUAAUUGCAAACAAAGGCUUCUGCACUGAUUUUCUCAGGGUUACAAAUACUUAUGAACUCCAGGAAAUUACAAAUAAAUUGUUGAAAAAUCAUACAAUGUGAUUCCCGGAUUAACCCC